AACAGGCAUUAUCUCAGAGUAGACAAUGCACACAUUUACAGGCGUUUUUACAAACUUUUUGAGAUAUCUCCGCGUUACAGACUGCUCCGAUAACACAAAGAACAGUAAAUGUAACUCCGCCCUUGUGCUUGUGUUGACCAACUUGUUUCAAGAUCCCAAAGCGGGUUUUAUGUCCGGGUGGAGGGUCAUAUGAGGCACUCCUACACGUGUUAACACUCGGAUAAAGUCGACCUGAAAGGCAGGAUAAUAUACAUACAUAAAAUUAUCUGUGACUUUAAAUUAGAUUUUUAUUGUACAAACUUUGGGCGGCUACUUGAACUCACUUCAACCCGGGGGAGGUAAAUGAAUUUAUGGUGCCGAGAGUGCCGCACAAACUGGAAGUUGUUAAAGCCUUCACUACUUGUUUAAUAACUAUUCCGAUACAGACUCAAACAUAUGUCUGAACUUCUCCUUUUGUAGCGGAAAACAUGAAGUCGUAGGACUGACUGUCGUUACCGUGGCGCGCUGGAUUGUUUAGUGUUCACACAUGAAACAGGACGACUCUCACUUAGUUAUUUAACCACAAUAUAGUUGUUAAACUUUAUACUCCAUGAGUAUAUUGAAUAGUUUAAUAUGGGCGAGAAACAAUCGUUAGGAGAUGGUAAACUAAACGGGGAACAGAUCAAGGCAGACUUGGAGGACCAUGUCAAGCUGGAGGCGGGUGAGGCGGCGCAGUGCGCCGGCGAUCAGGCUCCGCUGGACGGUCAAGAAACGCUACAACCCACCCGCCUGUACAAGCGACGCUGGAUGAUUGUCCUCCUGUUCAGCUCCUAUUCACUCUGCAACUCCUUCCAAUGGAUACAGUACGGCAUCAUCGGCAACAUUUUCAUGAAGUUCUACAACGUGGACGCCUUCACCAUAGACUGGAUGUCUAUGAUCUACAUGCUGACUUACAUUCCCUUAAUCUUCCCGGUGACCUGGCUGCUGGACAAAAAGGGGCUCCGGGUCAUCGCGCUUGUGGCCACAGCUCUAAACUGUGCGGGGACGUGGAUCAAAGUGGCCAGCGUUAGACCCAACCUGUUCGCCGUCACCUUUCUGGGACAGUUCUGCUGCUCGUUCGCGCAGGUGUUCAUCCUCGGGAUGCCGUCGAGAAUCGCUUCAGUGUGGUUCGGUUCAGAGGAAGUGUCCACCGCCUGCUCCAUCGGAGUCUUUGGGAAUCAGCUGGGUAUCGCCAUUGGGUUCCUCGUGCCUCCUAUCUUGGUGCCGAAUGUGGACGACAUGGAUGAGCUGGCUCACCACAUCAGCAUUAUGUUCUACAUCACAGCAGGAGUGGCGACAUUCCUCUUCAUCCUUGUUGUCUUUGUCUUCCAGGAGCAUCCUAAACUUCCUCCAACUCAAGCCCAGGCCAGAGCUCGUGUCAUCUCACCUGAGCAGUACUCCUACACUGCCUCCAUCCUCCGGCUGCUCCGCAACAAGCCCUUCAUCCUCCUCAUCAUCACUUAUGGUUUGAACGUCGGUUGUUUCUACGCUGUAGGCACGCUGCUGAACCGCAUGAUCAUCAUGCAUUACCCUGGAGAAGAGGUGAAUGCUGGGAGGAUUGGCCUCACUAUUGUCAUUGCAGGGAUGGUCGGCUCCCUGAUCUGUGGCAUUUGGUUGGACAAAACUAAAACCUACAAGCAGACAACUCUCGCGGUCUACUUCAUGUCUCUGGUCGGGAUGAUAGUCUAUGCUGCUACACUCAGUCUCGGACACCUCUGGGUGGUCUUCAUCACCGCUGGAUCUCUUGGAUUCUUCAUGACGGGCUACCUGCCUCUGGGCUUUGAGUAUGCAGUUGAGCUGACGUACCCAGAGUCAGAGGGAACCUCAUCAGGACUCCUCAACUGUUCGGCACAGGUGUUUGGCAUUAUAUUCACUAUCUGCCAGGGGAAGAUCAUCGACCACUUUGGCACGCUGGCAGGAAACAUCUUCCUCUGUGUCUUUCUUCUAAUUGGCACAAUAAUGACAGGCUUAAUAAGGUCAGAUCUACGGAGACAAAACGCGAACCUGUUGGCCAAAGCAGAAGCGGAGAGGCAGAUGUCCGGACAAGACUACGGAGCCACGGCGCUAAUCUCCCAGCCGCAGACUCCUCUCAACUCUGAUCAAUAAACUUUUCUGUUUCCACAAAAAAAAAAAAAAAUCUGCUCAAAUCUUAGCUCAACACGCAGAUGCACAAAGGGACCUGACAGCCCCAACGGGAGCCUGCCUGUAACUUCAAUCAUCAGUGAAUCCAAGUUUUAGACACACACACGAUACAAAAAAUGACCAUGAUCUCCCUCCUGUUACAGAGUUAAAACAGCACAGUCAGGACCCACUUCCCUUUUAAGAUGUUAAAUGUACAGAGUUGUAUUAACUAUUUAUAAAAAUAAAAAUAAAUCACUACAAUUAAAUCUUAUUUGUAAUGCACAAUUCACAGUUUGGAAUUAUGUUUUAUAUGUAAUUGUACAUGAAAUGCUCUCACUAAAUCCACAAGACAAAUCUGUGAAACAUUUGUUCGUACCUCAACAAUUGUACCUGACAGUAUUUUAAAAGUGUAUGGUUGAUUAUGUAUGUAAGUAUGAGUAGGUAUGAUAGCCACAAUGAAUUUGAAUGAGUGCUAAUUUUAUUACUGCAUACAUGAAUCAUGUGAAUACACGAUUAAAAUGAUUCAUACAGCGGCAUGUUGAAGUGUCUUCUAAUCCAUCGCAGUACACAGCAAGGGAUAAAAUACUGAUGAUACAGUUUGUAACAUCAUUCAUGUUUACUUAUUUAACAUGAAAUAAACCUUUUGUUAUAAACA